ACGGCUGGGAUAGCGAGCAGGGGACUUGAGAGAGAGACAGACUUGCUUCUGCCUUUCUUCUUGGGCUUUUCUUUCCCUCGCCUCUCUCCUUAAUGAGCUGUUGAUGUCUAUCUCUUCCCCGGGAUGAGGAGGAGGUUGUGUCGGUGUGAAGACGCAACAAAGGACGAGUAACACAGAAGCAACAAGGGGAGUCUUUGACAGAACGGGAGACUCUCCUUCCUCCUCUAGGCUAAACAAAAGGGGCUCAAGUGUACGUCUGCAGCCAUGUGAGAGGAGCUGUGAGAGAGCAGAGGAUGUCCAGGUCCAGCUGAAGCAGCCAGCCCCGCUCUCCGUCCUGCUCCCUUAUGAGGACGACAAGAUGACGAUCACCAGCCGGCAGUCCUUCAAUGUCCUGACAGUCAUUUUCCUCCUGCUGUCCACAGCAGCCCUCUCGGCACAUUUCCGAGUGUGCGAGCCCUACUCCGACCACAAGGGGCGUUACCACUUUGGCUUCCACUGCCCCCGCCUCUCAGACAACAAGACCUACAUGUUCUGCUGUCACCACAACAACACGGCCUUCAAGUACUGCUGCAACGAGACAGAGUUCCAGACAGUCAUGCAGAUCAACCUGACCACCACCUCAGAUGGCUAUGCGCACAAUAACUACACUGCUCUGGUAGGCGUCUGGAUCUAUGGGUUCUUCGUCAUGGUGCUGCUAGCCCUGGACUUCCUGUACUACUCGGCUAUGAACUAUGAGGUGUGCCGGGUCUACCUGGAGAAGUGGGGCCUGGGCGGGCGCUGGCUGAAGAAAGCCAGGAACCAGUGGCAUCGGCCGGUACCAGAGGAGGAGGACAGCCUGGCCCAGGCCCAGCCCACGGUACAGAGUCACCAUCAUCCCAGACACAGCCUGCGGGGAGAGAGCAACAGCCCCACGCUCCUGUCCUACAACACGUCCACCGCCUGAGUAUUGCUGUGAGAAGACUGGCGAAAGGCAGCUGCUCAGUUGAGUUAACGACAGAGGAGAGCUCGAGCUUGGGCAGACUCUGGACUAUUGACACAGCACCACAGUAAUGCUGGCUGAGCUGGACCUAGCGAACAGCAGCCCUGGACACUGACUUCAACACACCCAUCCUCUCAGUACCAGACCAGGCCUACCGUUGGACCUACAGAGCCAGGUCUAUGAGGUCCUUUCAGCCUCUGCAGAAUACAGGUUGUGUGGAUCUGUAGAGGUCGAGCCCUACCACAACAAAUGACAGAAACAUUCAUCGAGGCACCAGAAGACCUACAUUAUGGAGGGACAGUUUGGAGCACCCAACACAAAACCUGAACUUGAGGAGGCUAAAGAGGGCUCGCUAGUUAAAAAAAGAAAAAACACCUUUCUAGAUAUCAAGUCUUGAUUACACUGCUGUGUUGGUUUGUAUUCUGUAGCCAUUAGAAACAGUUGUGGGGUUUUAUCUAUUGGUGAUCUAUUGAUGUGAUUGUCAGGGAAUUCUGUGAGUUUGUGGUCAACAUUCUGAAUAAGUCACAGUGAAGAGUUGAUGCCAAGCAUCUCUUAUGUUUUGUGUACUGAAAACUUUGUCGAAACCACAGACACAGUGUUGUCUCUCUCUCUGUGUGAGCUUCUCAAUACUUGAUCUUCUUCUAGACUAUUGAUGACUGAGCACUAAUCCCUGCUCGACAAAGAUGCUGUAAUGAACACAGUAAUUUAGCCUACUGUUCUAGAUGAAGAAUGAAUGCCAUGAAACACUUAUGAAAUAGUAGGUCAACCGAAGGGCUCAUGUUGACUAUAGAGGGUUUUUUUCAAUUCAAACUAAAGCAAGAAUCAGGGACGCUUCAAUGACAGCCAAAUGACUCCCUAUCCCAUGCCAGCUAAAGAAGUUAUGUAAAAGUGUGUUUUUUUGGAUUACAGGUAUUUCAACAUAACAUAUAUAGUUCAAAUUGAUUUUAUGACCAUGGCCAAUUAAUCUUCAAUCCCAGUCCAGACCGGGGUAAGGCUUUAGCUCAGUCAGCAAUAAAAUGACAAUGUUAAUUUGGUUCAUGAUUAGAAAAUGUAUGAUUAGCCAUAAUAGAAAAUGUACAGCCCAUAAACACACCUUUCUCUGUCAGCAAUAAUGUACAGCAUUCAGGGCCCUGCGGAGACCUCCACUAAAAUGAGCACAUACUGUACAGUAGACUGAGUAACCAGUGAGGUGCAAAUGAAAUGUUCUCAGUAAGGGCACAUUUAAUAGGAAGGUGAAGUCUAUGGAACAGACAUGUAUCAGGAUAAUUAACUUCUAUUGAAUAUUGAUGCCCUCCUGCUGCCAGCGAGCUUUGCUAUGAGAGAGGAACGAAAUAAUCCCAUUAACCGUACAUACAAAAUGUCACACAAUUGUGAGUUAAUCCUGUUUAGUUCCUAACUAAUUGCUAAUGUAUUUCCUGGUUGAUCAAUAAAGCGAAGGUCUUCUUCCGAGGAGCACAGGAAGCAUCUGCUCAUGCCAGACUGCGUGUGGAAUGGAACAUAAAAGGCUGAGACUGAGCCAGGCGGCCCUGUCUAUCUCCCACUACAGUGGAUAGACAGAGGGUGGGUGCUUCAACCCCAUUCUGGGUCUGUAACCUGCAGUCUGGCACUGCACACAACUACACAAAGAGAGUUCCUGAGCAGACUGCAGAGUCCCUGGAGGUGUACAAAGGGGCCAUAAAUGGUUACUGGGUCUAACAUACAACCCUGGAGCAGAGAGAUGAGAGUAGCUUCACUUACCAAAACAAAAUGACAAGACAGAAGAGAAUAUCAAUGGGGUGGCCAUUAUAUCAUGUUUCAACAGGAGUCCGCAGACUGGAGUAAGUCAGUGUGACUACGACAUUUGCUCUUACAACAAUGGGGAUUCUGGCCUGCUAAUCUUUAGUUAGCAAUAACGUUCAAAUUGGCAAGUCAGAGCAAGUUAACUUCAAUGCGCAUUUUAAUUGCAAGUGUUCUGCCAUCACAACCAGAGUAGAUAUAAAGUGGGCCCAACUCAGAUAUAAUUGGCCUGGAGAGCAGCCUUGGAACUCUCUCUCUCCCCCUUUCUCCCUCCCCCUCUCCCCCUCCAUCCCUCUCUCUCUCCUUCCUCUCUCUCUCUCUUUCUCCCAUCUCCUUAUCUCUCUCUCUCUCUCCCCUUCCUCUCUCUCUCUUCUUUCUUUCGACCGUCUCUCUCUCUCUCUCUCUCUCUCUCUCUCUCUCUCUCUCUCUCUCUCUCUCUCUCCUCUCUCUCUCCUCUCUCUCUCUCUCUCUCUCUCUCUCUCUCUCUCUCUCUCUCUCUCUCUCUCUCUCUCUCUCUCUCUCUCUCUCUCUCUCUCUCUCUCUCUCUCUCUCUCUCAGCAAGCCAGGAGGAACACGAAUUUUAAACAGCUGCAGCUCUACAAAGGGAUUUAAUUGGGCCUCAAAGCAGGGGAAACUGCACAGAUCGGAUAUGUUAGGAAACACACAUCGUCUCAGCAGCCUUACUGCUGCAGCCCUUCUGACACUGAAACAGGCUACAUGGCUAGCAGGGAGUUCCCCCCUUCAACAACAACAUGGAGGCUAGCCUAGCAGUGAGUCCCACCAAAAAAGCCCCUUCUCUCAUCUCCUCAAAGUGUCAGUCAGUGCCAAGCAACCCAUCUCAUUCUGUCCCCUUAACACGAGAGGAAUCCCUGAGAUCAUUUUUCUCAAAGUGUGGUGUGAUUGUUGUCUCUUUUAGUGAAUCUUAACUUUUGACAUUGUAAAUGUAUUUGUAAUCCUUACCUUGUGGUAAGGAUCAGUCCCCAUGUCUGUUUUGGUCUUCAGGUUGUCAUGGUAAUAGUUGCCUUACAGUGAAAUAUCCACCUGACACAAAUAAAGCUUGGUGAUUGGUACAUGGGUGUGGUGAUGAUGGAUUUUAUGACGAUGAGGAUAAUGUCGACACACAUUACGUUCUGUCUAUGUAGAACAACUAGAUAGAAUGUACAGUGCAGUUUUUUGGGGUUGAAUUGUUCUUGCACAUGUUGACUUUGUAUUGUUACAACAGGGAGAAAUAAAGUUUUAUCUUUUCCAGUGUG